AUGGCAGCAGUCGAGCUGUACCAUUAUCAUCCUUCUUUUAUUCUCUCUCUAGUUUCUCUCGGUUUAUUCUCUGCUUCAACGGUGGUGUGUGUGUUGCAGAUGAUACGAUGUAGGACUUGGUUCUUUAUUCCGUUCAUUUUGGGCUGUGCUGUCGAGGCUACUGGUUAUGCUUUUCGUGCUGCAUCAGCUUCUGAAUCACCAGACUGGACUUUCGUUCCUUAUGCUAUUCAGACCUUUGCCUUUCUUUUGGGUCCAAAUUUGAUUACUGCGAGUAUCUAUAUGAUUCUUAGCAAAAUAAUCAUUGCUCUGGAUGCAGAGAUUUAUGCACUCGUUCCGGUCAAAGUAAUCCCCAAGGUCUUCAUCUCUGGUGACACGAUCGCUUUGGCAGCACAAUUCACAGGUGCUGGCAUAUUAGUCAACGCUACUUCAAUUGCUCAGCAAAAAACAGCCCAGCUUAUAAUUAUCGGCGGUCUAGCUUUCCAGGUCUAUUUCUUCGGCUUCUUCACAUCGGUCUUGCACAUUGUGCACAGCCGCGUUAUCGAUAACCCAUCUCGCAAAAGCACCAAUCUGACCAUGCCUUGGAAACGCUGGAUCAUCGUUCUUUACAUCGCCUGUGGACUUGUAAUCGCUCGGUCAGUCUAUCGAGUACUGGAGUAUGCCACUGGUCCCCUCGGCAUUCUUCAAGCAACGGAGAUCUACUUCUACAUCUUCGACGCAGGAUUCAUCUUCCUCGCUACACUUCUUCUUAACAUAUUCCACCCGAGACAACUAUCUACAGUUUCUACAGAUGACCUGGAAGAUACAGAUGUCGAAACUGUCCCCGACACUCCUUCAAAGCCCCCUCCUCAGUAUCAGCCGCCUCGGACUCCUCCGAAAUACCUGCAACCACCGCCAUAUCUUCCGUCUUAUGCAAAUCUUAGGAAUCGCGGAUCUUAUUAUCAUUACCCUCAGUCCCCUUACAGAACUCAGUCAUAUAUACAGUAUCCACCUCCUCUGCACUACUACCAGCAGAGAAGACCUCCUACGCUAGCUCAUCAUCGUCCACGGACUAACAGAACUUACAAGAGCUUCAAUACUUCAUUGAGCUCUUCUUCUAGUUUUGUCAGUAUAUACAAUCCUAAGACCGGCCAGUAUGAGCCGUUCAGGCGGUAG